CCUCAGCGUUUGGAGGAGCAGCGACGACCCAGCACCACCUGCCUCCAGCUGUCGGCUGGCGGGAUUCGUCAUACGUCUCACAGGCGCAGCCGGAAAACAUCUUCCCCUGAAGAUAUUUUGCAUCUGUUUCUCAGACUUGGCAAACUACACCGCGAUUCCUCCCCCUCCUCCUCUGGAAUCGGCACAUUCCGACGUAAACUUUGGAAACGGGACGCCAGCGGGUCUAUCCGUGUCCAAACACUACAUUACUUAGUUCCACAAACAGCGGCCACGCCCAUCCUCGAUCGCACGGCGUCGACGCGGCCGCAUUCCAACGAGACCGACUCCGAGCCGCAUUCCAGUCGGCGAGCCACUCGGACCAUCAGCUCUACGGGGAGACGCACCGAAUCAAUCAAUAUUCCCCGUCGCGAACAGUAUCCCAAGAAUAGGCCGGGCUGAAACACAACCGGCCAAGUCGUCGCCGUCAUGGCGCCGACUCCCGACGAGCUCUCGGCGCCCGGCGCCGCGAGCUACGACUCCAACACGAUGAGCGUCGGUGAUGGCACAUGGGAUUUCACCAAGAACAGCUUCCUGCUGCCCAACUUACAAGGGCUCAACUUUGACACCAUGCGGUAUAACGGCAUGGCAAACAGAUUCAGAACCCUGGACCAGUACCACCGCAUUGUUCUUGCGCACGGCAUCAUGGCAGCUAUUGUCUUCCUCCUCCUCGUUCCCGUGUCCGUCAUGAUGGCGCGCUUCUACUCGAGUCGACCGGGCUACGCAAUCGCGUAUCACGCGCAGAUACAUGUCUUUGCCGGCUUGAUGGUCCUCGUUGUCUUCAUCCUGGGAUUCUUCGCCGUCGGCCCAGAGCGCAACCUGACCAACCCACACCAUGGCAUCGGCGUGGCCAUUUUCGUCAUGUUCAUCCUCCAACUCAUCGGCGGCCGACUCGUGCGCCAUAUCACCAAGCUCCGAUCGCUUCGCAUCAUGAUUCAUCAAUGGUCUGGGCGUGCCAUUGCCCUCCUCGGCAUCGUCCAGGUGCCUUUGGGCCUUACCCUCUACGGCUCACCCAAAUAUCUUUUCAUCCUUUAUACGCUGUGGAUGACCUUUCUUCUCAUCGUCUACUUCAUCCUCAGCUGGAGGUCCGCGGGUCGCCGCGAGCUUUACAUGGGUGGGGCCAGGUCUGAAGGGGGUCGAAUUCGCAUCACAGAGUCCGAAUUCUUCUCCGAUGCCGACCCCAAGCAUCACAAGGGCGGAUGGUCGAAGUGGCUAGGGCCUCUGGCUGCUGGUGCCGGCAUCUGGGCUUUGCUGCGAGGACGCAAGAAGGAUCGGGAGCGCGCCCGCUCACGCAGUCGGAGCAGAUCGCGAUCUUCAUUCAGCCGCAGCCGAGCACCAGAGGUCAUGUCUUCGCGGCGCGGCUCCGGUACGUAUUUGACAGAGAAGUACUCGGAGCUUCCACCCGAGAAGGGUGGCGGUGGCGGCUUCAUGAAGGUCCUGGGUGGUGCAGCAGCAGCCAUUGGGGCGGGAAAACUCGUAUCGGGGUUCAUGAACCGGCGUCGCGACAGGCGCGACGAAGAAUAUUCGGCUGUUUCUACCGAGACACCCGGACGAUAUCGAUCAAGACGAGGCGGACCCACGAUGACAGAGCUGAGCAGUGAGGUCACCGACGACUACACGAGGGACCCACGAGACGCUACGCAAACGUCUCUUUUGCCCCCUUCGGCGAACCGAGGCGGCAUGGCAGCGGGCAUGGCGGCUGCCCGAAGCGCGGUUGACAGCAGAGACCCCCGACGACCCACGACGCCCCGACCAAUGCACGCACGCGGGCCAUCGGGUCACGACUUCGAGGAUUCGGAUUAUUCAUCCUAUGUGAGCCCAUCGCGCCGCCCAGUUGACGGCGGCAGGGGAGGCGGUGGUGGGCUCGCCAAGGGUAUCCUUUCGGGACUCGGCAUGGGCUGGUUUGCCAAGAAGAUGGCGGAUAGGCGGACGAAGAAGCAGGAGGACAGGAUGCGGGAAGAGGAAGACAUGCGCUCGGGAACCCAGGUCUCUCGCUUCACCGGUGAUGGGCACCCGUCACCUACGAGGAAGAGUUCACGUCGUCCCGCACCCGUUAGACGACCAACCGGGUACGCCAGAGGAGGAACCGAGAUCUCCGAGACCACCGAGUCAUCAUUGGAUUCGCGACCUGCUGCUGGAACGUACGGGGCGCCUAUGCCAUCAGCUGGCGGAUUUCCACCGGCGCCUUCCGGAGGCCCAGGUAACCAUUCCAGGCCGCGGAUGGACCCAGUGUCGAUGCCUCCGAUGCCCCCAGACCCGCACGGGGUCUUGCACUCAGAGGCAGAGGGUUCGUUGCUGUCGUCCGUAGGGGGCAGUCGUUCACCGCAACGAGGAGCAUCACCUCGUCGAAGGAAUGAAGGUGAAAGAGCCGCGGCGGCGGCAGCAGCUCGAGCUGGGAGCCUCGCGGCAGACGAAGGGCACCAGUACCGUGAUGAACGGGAUAGAUAUGGCUCACAACAAAGCCAGCCGGUCAGCGUCAAGCUGAAGGUGCACGACGAUCGCGACAGGAACGUGACGUUGCGGCGACUGACUGAGGAGGAAGCUGCGGCUGCUCGCGGCCCAAGAAGCCGCGGAGACUCGGAGAGCAGCCUUUCUGGACUUGAAUCGCCAAGCUACGGAAGAAGCUAUCGGAGAGAUUCGAGCCAGAGAAGAAUGGAGCGCGCAGCGGAGCGAGCGGCGGAGCGGAGGGCCGCGGCAGCAGCAGCGUCUGACGACAAACUGGCACCUCUCUCGCCGCCGAACCCGGCUUUCGCAAAAGGCGGCAGGAGGGCCAAGGACUCUGCGUACUACUCUGGGCAGCCCGGUCCGUCGGGCACUGCGCCAGUCGCCGGGCAAACUGUGUCGAGCUUGGGCAGCCCGGAGAGCCAUGGUACCUGGAGCGCGAUGAGCAUGUCCCCAGGCGGACCGGACAAGGGUCCCGAGUCUGUGGCCGCCGAGGAUAGGAGACGCCGACGAAGACAAGAAAGGCGAGCGGCGAGCAGCACGACGCGGCCGUCAGGGGUGGACAUGUUUGACUAGCCAUUUGGGUUGGGAUAAUGGGAGCAAGCCGACGAGCAGCGGCAGGCAUCUACCGCCGUUGGAUUCGCCGAGCUCGAGGUUGCGCAUGACGGCUUGGCGUUUGAGGUGAUGUUUUUGCGAAGGACGGCUCUGUGACGACCAGAUGUAUAUACAUCACAGCACGACAUCAGAGGGGUAAGGUGGAACUGGGACGGGACGGUCGGGAGGUUUAUGAUGCGAACGAGGAUGACUAUGUAUGGACGCGACAAAAGUGUACAAUUGAACGGAAGUGACGAUCUCAAG